GCCAUGUUUGGUAUUUGCUCACCUGUUGAGGGGGAAUUAGUGAUAUUGCUUUAAGGUUUAUUAUUCGUCUGAUUCGACUUUCCUGCGCAAACUGCCACCAUGGUGGAAGCAGUUGUAGAGUUUGAUUACACUGCUGAUGCAGAGGAUGAGCUAACACUUCAAGUGGGUGAAGUAAUAGCAAAUAUUAAAAUAAUGGAUGGAGGAUGGUGGGAAGGUGAACUGCGCGGUAAACGAGGAAUGUUCCCAGACAAUUUUGUUAAAUUAACAAAAGAACAGACUCCACCUCCAACGAAAGUCGCAAAUGAAAGAACACACCUCACCAUAGAAGAGGAAGAAAAAAAUAAAGUAAACAAACCAGUCACAAAACGAGGAGGUGCUGACAAAAUUAGGUCACUACGAGCAAAGGCGUGUUACAGUUAUACACCUCAAAAUGACGACGAGCUUGGGCUUAAAAUCGGUGAUACCAUUGAAGUUAUAAAUCAAGAGGAGCCGGGAUGGUGGGAAGGUACGAUCAACGGCAGAGUUGGUGUCUUUCCGUCAAACUUUGUUGAAGUGGUCGAGGAAGAUGAAGAUGAAAAAGCAAAAGCAGAACUAAAAGAACCUAAGCAACCUCCCCCGCCUCCACCGUCACAAACCUCAGAAGGAGAUACCAAGCCCAAAAAGGCGAUGGGAAUGGGCUUUGGAGAUAUUUUUAAAAAUGGACAACCAAAAUUACGUAAAACUGGGAGCACUCUGGAACGAGGAACGCAGCCACCGAGGGUUCUUCCAACAUCAUCGUCUCCAACGGAGGAAAAAACAACACCGAUUGAAACCACGAAAGUGA